AUGGCGGGCAAGAUAGUCUCCGUAACCUCAUCGUCGCACUUCUCAACCCUCCUCUCGCAAUCUACAUACACGAUCGUCGACUUCUAUGCCGACUGGUGCGGCCCUUGCAAAACUAUUGCGCCCGUGUUCCAUGCGCUUGCGGAGAAAGAGACGAAGCCGGGGAAGCUGCAGUUUGUCAAGGUGGACGUGGACAGCCAGCAGGAAGUUGCGCGCAAGUAUGGUGUGUCUGCUAUGCCCACUUUCCUCGUCAUAAAAUCCUCCUCCGUCGUCGAAACCAUCCGUGGUGCCAAUCCGUCCGCGCUCACAGCCGCCGUUCGCAAAGCCGCCAGCGACUCUGGUGGCGCCUCCCCCGCCGUAUUUCAAACGAAAGGACGUACGCUCGGGUCAAGUUCAGAACCUAGCAGACCAGUGAAUGAGAGCCCGUUCGCGGGGCUACAACGGCUUAUUGUUGGGAAUGGAGGGUUUAGUGAUGUGGCAGUCAGAUUCAUCGCGUUGUAUCUGAUUAGUCUGUUCACGUUCGAUGCAUUCAAGUCAGCCGAGGAUAGUGCAUUCAAUGUCAAGACGAGGAGAUAG